AACAUUCAUGUGAUAUUCUACAAGUAAACACACAAGCAUGGGCAUUGCGGAGAGUAAAAGCGAAGAGCUGAAAGUCUCUCUCAAUCUUUUUACAGCUUAUGAGAAAGAGCAAAUCAAGAAGAUAUUCGCUGAGAUAUCAGGAGGAACAGAACACUUUAAUGAACAGCAACUAAAGAAAUAUCUAAGCAGGUACCUACCAGAUAUUCUGAUCACUCGACUGUACAAAGCAAUCUCUGAGCUCCGACAUCAUAAGCAUGCAAAACAUGACCACAUAUCCCAUGAUACAUUUGUUGUGGCAAUGGCACACUUACUGAAGAGCACUAUUACCCAGAGGAGCCGUAUCGUUCAUUGUUUGGCAUCUGAUGAGGCAGGAGACAUGACAGCACAGCAGCUGGUCAGUUUCAACCUGAUGCUGGUGGAGGCAUAUAUGAAGAUUGCUGAGGAAAGCCCUCAGUGUAAAACCUGGAAGAUCUCUACUUCAGAGGAAGCUAAUCUCAAGCUGGCCAAGGCUCUUCUCAGGUCAACAUUUAAUAAAGAGCUGGAGGCCAAGCCAGUUGUUCAGACAUUUGAAAGUGCAGCCACAGUGAAAGUGGAGGGCUCUGCCAUGGAUCUAGUACCUGAGGGGGUGACGUAUACGGAGGGUGACAUAGAGACCUGGUUGUCCACUGCUGCCCUGUUCCUACACAUUAUGGAUCACGUCAUGUACACCUGCUUCACUGUCUCAUAUGUAGAAGAGGGUGCUGCUGCCAGUUUCCACUCUCCAAAAAUACCCUAUGCCAUUGACGUCAACUGGUCUAAGACCUCCACAAUGUUAGACAUCCCAUCUCUGCUGUACAUCAACCACGUAAUCCCUGCAGAACACAGGGGAAAAUGGAGACAACUCUUCUACAGUGACACUCACGGGGAAAGUUUUGCAACCCUUAUGAAGAGGAUAACAAAGCAAGGGCCGACUGUGAUUAUUAUCAGAGACAAAGAUGGUUAUGUGUUUGGAGGGUUUGCAUCAACAGGCUGGGAGUGUAGACCACAGUUUGUAGGGACCUCAAGAUGUUUCCUGUUUCACCUGUUGCCCCAUUAUGCCAUCUAUUACGCCAGUGGUUACAAUGAUCACUACAUGUAUCUCAACCAGAGCCAGCAGACGAUGCCAAAUGGUCUGGGUAUGGGUGGUCAAAUGGAGCACUUUGGACUGUGGUUGGACUGCCAUUAUGGUCAGGGAUACAGUUAUGCCAAACCUCUCUGCACAACUUAUCAGAGUCCACAGCUUUCUAUGAAGAAAGACUUUGAGAUAGAUCUACUGGAGGUGUGGGGCGUGGGGAAGAAACCUGGAGAGGAACUGGGUGAAGAUGGCCCACAGGAAAAGCAGAGUAUACUGGACGUGGACCCAGAGGCCAAGGCCAUGCUAUCCUUACUGGGCAGGGGUCCUGUCAGCGAGGGUCUCAGAGAGGCCGACCCAGAAGCCUCUAACCCAGAGGAGCAUAACAGAAAUUUUUGAAUCAAAACUCAGAGGACGGAUAGGUGUAAGCAUUACCACGAUGAUUAAAGAAAAACAAGAAGAAUAGAAGUAUUCAAAAGAUCAAAUGGAUACAGUUCAAAUACAGCACAGUAUUAAGGGGUGUAAGGAUUUUACUAAUUAAAAGGUGAAGGGGAAUGAAGGGCUUAUGAAUGUGCCAUUGGUUAAAGAAAUCCGAGAGCACACUGCUGGAGAAAAUAGUUUUCAAUGCAGCUGAGGCGCACCCUUUUGGAGGUUUAUAGCUUUUCCAUGUUUUCAGAUUUAAAUAAAACCGAAACAGAGGGAAUGGAAAACAUGUCAAAGUUUGUGUUUGCUGCAUAUUGGCACAUUUUUAACUGAAACAGGGGAGAAUAUCGUGUUUUAAAAGUAAGAAGUGAGACUAAAUGAUCAAAAGUUGCAUUUAAGCAUAAACGAAAACUUUGCUCUCAAAACUUGACAACCUCAUGUUUCAAUGUUCACAACCUGUCUUGUACAGUGUUAACUUGGUGUAUUUUAAGGGAAUGUGCACAGCUUAAUUAUUUUGUGUUUGUCAACUUUGUGAUAAAUAUAUAAGUUGUCACUGGUAAAAUUUUACAUGCCAUUGUUCAUGUUAAGC